CAGCAAUCCAAUAUAUUUGUAAAAUGUUUAGGGCCCAAUUCAAAAAACGCAGCCCAUUUGUUUUAAUAAACUUCUGACGUGCAAACGGAGAGAGCAGGUGAGACGGAGAGAAUCGGGGGAGGAGCGUGGAACUGCCGUGCCGAGGAGACGACUCCGGCGAGGAGUGAGGAUCGAGAUCCCUAUUCCGGAUUUUCAGCGAUUCUCCAGAUAGGUGAUUUCAGUAACAACAAGAGGAUGGCAAAUCAAUGGUCAUAUAAUCUUUAAUGCAAAACACAGGAACUCUUCAUUUUCUCACCCCCCACUGUGCUUCCUCACAUUCUCGUCCAUUUUCUGCAUACGCUGCCGUUUCUUCUUGGAAUAGGUUAAAUUGCUAAGGAUAACAAAAGCAUCAUCUUGAAGGUAGAAAAAAGAUGACUAUUCAAGAUUUGAAUUUAGAAAUGGCAAAUGAGCCUAUGCAAGUAAAAGAGAACUUCGUGGAGAUUGGAAACAGGGCCCUGCUGGCAGCCAAUGCUAGACGUAGAUGGAUUCUUGGGAUUGAUGCCAAUGGGAGGUUUAUCUGGGUUGAUAGAAUACUUCAGGAGAAUAAUGGCCAUGGUGGACAUGGUAAUGGGGUGGAGGGUGGACAUGGUGGUGGUGGGGAGGAGGGGGGAAAUGGGGCACAUGGUGCACAUGGUGGUGGUGGGGAGGAGGGGGGACAUGGUGGUGGUGAGGAGGAGGUUGGACAUGGUGGUGGUGGGGAGGAGGGUGGACAUGGAAGAAAAGAAAAAAAGAAGAUAAAAAGAGAUAAAGUAAAACAAAAACUGUGGAAUGAUGAAAUAGAGUAUGCAAAAUGGAUUCUACACUAAAGUUUGAAGAGACAUUUACGAUUGUUGAGUGCUGAUUGGAUACUCAAAAGAUAAAAGAAAAAAAUGGAGAAGGGAGAUAGUGGAAUAUGCAUGCAUUGAUAGGAUAUGACAGUGUAUUGAUAAGAAGAAUAGAAGGAACAAACCAGAGAAAGUUGUCAGAGUAGUCUUCACCCUUGGCGGGUGUCAUAAAAAUGCGUCCUUGCUUCCAUAAAUGUUUGUAGACGUGCCAGUGGCCUCACCAAGGGCCUCAAUGUCUAACCACACUUGAUCCUCGUCGAAAUGUGCCGGAGCAGAAGACAAUCAAAGAGAAGGUCAAGAAAAGCAUCUAUCCACACAUCAUCAUCAACAGCAUUUAUAGCCACCCAAUCUCUUGAUAUUCUUUGACACAGCGCGCUUCGGGACAUUAGAUUGUUUGCAGUUGGGAAGGAGAGGUACAUAAUCUUUAUGAAAGACGCAACUGUGAUGGCUAGACGAAAACUUGCGGUUUGAACUACAGCUCUGCAUGCAUUUUUCAUCAUCAACUUUGCAUGCCUAAUGGCAGCAGCCACUACUGCAGCGGUAGCGUCAUCACCAUCUUCAUUGUCAUCAUCUUCAUCCAAUGCUGGACGUAGAUGGAUUCUUGGGAUUGAUGCCAAUGGGAGGUUUAUCUGGGUUGAUAGAAUACUUUAGGUACUAUAGUAGGCUAAAUAAAAGUCAGGCAUGUUCCCUCGAUAUGACUGUAGUUUAUUUUCCAAUCGGGACAAAACAAAAAAAAGUACAAUAUUAAAGAAAUCUAAAAAAUAAGCAAAUAUUAGAGGCAUGCAAGUUUUUUUAAGGUUUACUUGUGACCUUGCAGGAUAAUAAUGGCCAAUGUGGACAUGGUAAUGGGGCAGAGGGUGGACAUGGUGGUGGUGGGGAGGAGGGGGGACAUGGUGGUGGUGGGGAGGAGGGUGGACAUGGGGCAAAUGGUGGACAUGGUGGCGGUGGGGAGUAGGGUGGACAAGGUGGUGGUGGGGUGAAGAUGAUGACAAUGAAGAUGGUGAUGAUGUUACCGCUGCAGUAGUGGCUGUUGCCAUUAGGCAUGCGAAGUUGAUGAUGAAAAAUGCAUGGAGAGCUGUAGUUCAAACCAUAGGUUUUCGUCUAGCCAUCACACUUUUGUGUCUUUCGUAAGGAUUAUGUACCUUUCCUUUCCAAUUGUAAACAAUUCAAUGCCCCGAAGCGCGCUGCAUCAAAAAAUAGCAAGAGAUUGGAUGACUAUAAAUGUUGUUGAUGAUGAUGUGUGGAUGGAUGCUUUUCUUGACCUUUUCUUUGUAUUGUCUCCUGCUUCGGUACAUUUUGACGAAGAUCACUUGUGAUUAGACAUUGAGACCCUUGGUGAGGUAACCCUAGCACGUCUACAAACAUUUAUGGAAGCAAGGGCGCAUUUUUAUGACAUUCGCCAAGGAUGAAGACUACUCCGGCCACUUUCUCUGGUUUGUUCCUACUACUCCUCCUAUCAAUACUCUGUCAUAUACUCAUAUCCUAUCAAUGCAUGCAUGUUCCAUUAUCUCCCUUCUCCAUUUUUUUCUUCUUGUUUUUAUUCUUUUAUCUUUUGAGUAUCCAAUCAACAUUCAAUAAUCGUAAAUGUCUCUUCAAACUUUAGUGUAGAAUCAAUUUUGCGUACUCUGUUUCAUCAUUCCACAGUUUUUGAUUUACUUUAUCUGUUUUAUUUUUUUCUUUUCUUUCAUUCUGAAAUAGGGUUCUGGUUUAAUGCCAACCAACAUCACAAGGAGUCUUUGUUCACUUGUUCGGUGGUGUCUUUGUGGAGGGAUGCAUUUAUUGUAUUGACAAUUUUGUGGUGAAUGACAAGAGAAGAUAAUAUGUUGUGGGAGACUGAAGUUACUUAGCAUCUUUUUACCACUACUAUUGUGAAAUU